AUGGACGUCGGGCCGAAAACCAGUGUCGUCGACACGUUGCGUCGUUUCUUGACCUCACGCUGGAACGCAUCAUUGAACCUAUUAAAUAUGGAUCACCUGCAGCAGGACCCAAUCCUCUCUGAAGCGAACAUUCUUCCGCCGGGUGUAAAAGGAUCACACCGUGAUCUUGGCACAGCCUUAUGGAAGCUCAGUGCCGAAAUGUUCCCCAAUCUAACGACACUCUCCUUCGCAGGCAAUACCCUAACGACUCUCCAGCCACUUUCGAUGCUGGGCCAGUACCUGCCGAAGCUUGCCAACCUAUCUCUGGAGCGAAAUGAGCUCCGCUGGGCUCGUGAUUUGGAUGUACUCACGACGAAGCGGCACGGCUUACAUGAACUGCAAGAACUCGUCCUGCUUGGCAACCCAAUCCAGCAGACAGCGAUGGAAGGUGGAAAUGAAGAGGGAUACCGACGUGAUGUAUUGGCCAAGUUCCCGACAUUGCGCAUCCUCGAUAUGAAGCCAGUGCAGGAUGUCGAGCGAGGCUUUUCUCAGUUGUUCAAGGGACGCAGUGAUAAGCGGGCAGGACCAGAGGCUGCACAGGUCCCAUUGCGGCCUUUCGCGCUGCAAACAAAAGCUGGCUUCGUCGACGGAGAUGCCGCGCAGGUCGUGCCUGAAUUUCUGUCGCUGUUCUUCUCAGCGUAUGACCAGGAUCGCACUCGACUGGCUCCCGUGUACAGUGCUAAUGCGCGCUUCACUUUUAGCCUCAACACGAGUCCACCACCACGUGCACGUGCCGAGCGUCUUCUACACACGAUGCCGCAUCAAAAGCAGCUCACAUUCGACAAGUACGUUGAACUAGGCUCGCGGAAUUUGAUGCGCACACACAGCGUCAAGCCGCUCCUCCGAAGCAUGCACCAUGGCAGCGAGGCGAUUGUCGCUUUCCUGCGCCGCUUACCUGUGACCGCGCACCCAUUGCAUGACUCGAGCAAGUUUGUGGUAGAUGCGUGGCUCCUUCCGAACGUCGAUGUCCAGGCGCAGACCAAUGCGAUGGAGCGGCCUGAUGCUCUUCUGUUCAUCAACGUGCAUGGUGAAUUUACUGAGGCACCUUCGCAGGGGAUCCGUUCGUUUGAUCGAGUAUUCAUGGUCGCACCAGCCAUGCCCGACUCACAAGCCCGGCAGCUCGGCUGGCCGUGCUUGAUUGUGAGCGACAUGCUCACUCUACGGCACUAUUCGCGCGAGACCGCCUUCCAGCCAAACUCGCUACCCAUCGCACCUGAACCGCUCCCUGGCCUCACGCCUGAGCAGCACGCCAUGUCACUCCAGUUGUCGGCGCAAACGAGCCUUUCAUAUCCGUUCGCUGUGCAGUGCCUGGGCGAGAAUGACUGGAACAUGACACGGGCGCUGAGCGUGUUUACGUCGUUACAAGCGGCCGGCACAAUUCCCCCCGAAGCAUUUGUACGAACAGCAUGA